AUGAAUAAAUACAUUAACAAAUACACCACGCCACCUAACUUAUUGUCUUUACGACAAAGGGCCGAAGGCAAACACAGAACAAGAAAGAAACUUACACACAAAUCGCACUCCCACGAUGAUGAGAUGUCAACUACUUCAAACACAGAUUCCAAUCACAAUGGGCCCAAUGACUCUGGUAGAGUGAUCACUGGUUCUGCUGGUCAUAUUGGUAAAAUAUCCUUUGUAGAUUCAGAACUAGAUACAACAUUUUCUACUUUAAAUUUGAUUUUUGAUAAACUUAAAAGCGAUGUGCCACAAGAACGAGCCUCUGGCGCUAAUGAAUUAAGCACUACUUUGACCUCAUUAGCAAGGGAAGUAUCUGCUGAGCAAUUUCAAAGGUUUAGCAACAGUUUAAACAAUAAGAUAUUUGAACUUAUUCACGGGUUUACUUCAAGUGAGAAGAUAGGUGGUAUUCUUGCUGUUGAUACUCUGAUCUCAUUCUACCUGAGUACAGAGGAGCUGCCAAACCAAACUUCAAGACUGGCGAACUAUUUACGUGUUUUAAUUCCAUCCAGUGACAUUGAAGUUAUGAGAUUAGCGGCUAACACCUUAGGUAGAUUGACCGUGCCAGGUGGUACAUUAACAUCAGAUUUCGUCGAAUUUGAGGUCAGAACUUGCAUUGAUUGGCUUACUCUGACAGCAGAUAAUAACUCAUCGAGCUCUAAGUUGGAAUACAGGAGACAUGCUGCGCUAUUAAUCAUAAAGGCAUUAGCAGACAAUUCACCCUAUCUUUUAUACCCUUACGUUAACUCUAUCUUAGACAAUAUUUGGGUGCCAUUAAGGGAUGCAAAGUUAAUUAUACGAUUAGAUGCCGCAGUGGCAUUGGGUAAAUGUCUUACUAUUAUUCAGGAUAGAGACCCUGCUUUGGGAAAACAGUGGUUUCAAAGAUUAUUUCAAGGUUGUACACAUGGCUUAAGUCUCAAUACGAAUGAUUCAGUGCAUGCUACUCUGUUGGUAUUUCGAGAAUUACUCAGCUUGAAAGCACCUUAUCUCAGGGAUAAAUAUGAUGAUAUUUACAAAUCUACUAUGAAGUACAAGGAAUAUAAAUUUGAUGUUAUAAGGAGAGAAGUUUAUGCUAUUUUACCUCUUUUAGCUGCUUUUGACCCUGCCAUUUUCACAAAGAAAUAUCUCGAUAGGAUAAUGGUUCAUUAUUUAAGAUAUUUGAAGAACAUCGAUAUGAAUGCUGCAAAUAAUUCGGAUAAACCUUUUAUAUUAGUUUCUAUAGGUGAUAUUGCAUUUGAAGUUGGUUCGAGCAUUUCACCCUAUAUGACACUUAUUCUGGAUAAUAUUAGGGAAGGCUUAAGAACGAAAUUCAAAGUUAGAAAACAAUUCGAGAAGGAUUUAUUUUAUUGCAUUGGUAAAUUAGCUUGUGCUUUGGGCCCAGCUUUUGCUAAGCACUUGAACAAAGAUCUUCUUAAUUUGAUGUUAAACUGUCCAAUGUCCGACCAUAUGCAGGAGACUUUAAUGAUCCUUAACGAGAAAAUACCCUCUUUGGAAUCUACCGUUAAUUCGAGGAUACUAAAUUUACUGUCGAUAUCCUUAUCUGGUGAAAAAUUUAUUCAAUCAAACCAAUACGAUUUUAAUAAUCAAUUUUCCAUUGAAAAGGCUCGUAAAUCAAGAAACCAAAGUUUCAUGAAAAAAACUGGUGAAUCUAAUGACGAUAUUACAGAUGCCCAAAUUUUGAUUCAGUGUUUUAAAAUGCUGCAACUAAUUCAUCAUCAAUAUUCCUUGACGGAGUUUGUUAGGCUUAUAACCAUUUCUUACAUUGAGCAUGAGGAUUCGUCUGUCAGAAAAUUGGCAGCAUUAACGUCGUGUGAUUUAUUUAUCAAAGACGAUAUAUGUAAACAAACAUCAGUUCAUGCUUUACACUCGGUUUCUGAAGUGCUAAGUAAGCUAUUAAUGAUCGCAAUAACUGAUCCGGUUGCAGAAAUUAGAUUGGAAAUUCUUCAGCAUUUGGGGUCAAAUUUUGAUCCUCAAUUGGCCCAACCAGACAAUUUACGCCUACUUUUCAUGGCGCUGAACGAUGAGAUUUUUGGUAUUCAAUUGGAAGCUAUCAAAAUAAUAGGCAGAUUGAGUUCUGUCAACCCCGCUUAUGUAGUUCCUUCUUUGAGGAAAACUUUACUGGAACUAUUAACGCAAUUGAAGUUCUCAAAUAUGCCAAAAAAAAAGGAGGAAAGUGCAACUCUAUUAUGUACGCUGAUAAAUUCCAGCGAUGAAGUAGCGAAACCUUAUAUUGAUCCUAUUCUAGACGUCAUUCUUCCUAAAUGCCAGGAUGCUUCAUCUGCCGUAGCAUCCACCGCUUUAAAGGUUUUGGGUGAACUAUCUGUUGUUGGAGGAAAAGAAAUGACGCGUUACUUAAAGGAAUUGAUGCCAUUGAUCAUUAACACAUUUCAGGACCAAUCAAACUCUUUUAAAAGAGAUGCCGCCUUAACAACAUUAGGACAGCUGGCUGCUUCCUCUGGUUAUGUUGUUGGCCCUUUACUAGACUACCCAGAGUUACUUGGCAUUUUGAUAAAUAUUCUUAAGACUGAAAACAACCCUCAUAUCAGGCGUGGAACUGUUCGUUUGAUUGGUAUAUUAGGCGCUCUUGAUCCAUAUAAGCACAGAGAAAUAGAAGUCACAUCAAACUCAAAGAGUUCAGUAGAGCAAAAUGCUCCUUCAAUCGACAUCGCAUUGCUAAUGCAAGGGGUAUCUCCAUCCAACGAUGAAUAUUACCCCACUGUAGUUAUCCACAAUCUGAUGAAGAUAUUGAAUGAUCCAUCGUUGUCAAUCCAUCACACGGCUGCUAUUCAAGCUAUUAUGCAUAUUUUUCAAAACCUUGGUUUACGAUGUGUCUCCUUUUUGGAUCAAAUUAUUCCAGGUAUCAUUUUAGUCAUGCGUUCAUGCCCGCCGUCCCAACUUGACUUUUAUUUUCAGCAACUGGGAUCUCUCAUCUCAAUUGUCAAGCAACAUAUUAGGCCCCAUGUCGAGAAAAUUUAUGGUGUGAUCAGGGAGUUUUUCCCGAUCAUUAAACUACAAAUCACAAUUAUUUCUGUCAUAGAAUCGAUAUCUAAGGCUCUGGAAGGUGAGUUUAAAAGAUUUGUUCCCGAGACUCUAACCUUUUUCCUUGAUAUUCUUGAGAACGACCAGUCUAAUAAAAGGAUCGUUCCGAUUCGUAUAUUAAAAUCUUUGGUUACUUUUGGGCCGAAUCUAGAAGACUAUUCCCAUUUGAUUAUGCCUAUCGUUGUUAGAAUGACUGAGUAUUCUGCUGGAAGUCUAAAGAAAAUCUCCAUUAUAACUUUGGGUAGAUUAGCAAAGAAUAUCAACCUCUCUGAAAUGUCAUCAAGAAUUGUUCAGGCGUUGGUAAGAAUUUUGAAUAAUGGGGAUAGAGAACUAACAAAAGCAACCAUGAAUACGCUAAGUUUGCUCCUUUUACAACUAGGUACCGACUUUGUGGUCUUUGUGCCAGUGAUUAACAAGGCGUUAUUGAGGAAUAGGAUUCAGCAUUCAGUGUACGAUCAACUGGUUAAUAAAUUACUGAACAAUGAAUGCUUGCCAACAAAUAUCAUAUUUGACAAGGAGAACGAAGUACCUGAAAGGAAAAAUUAUGAAGACGAAAUGCAAGUAACGAAAUUACCGGUAAACCAAAAUAUCCUAAAGAAUGCAUGGUAUUGUUCUCAACAGAAGACCAAAGAAGAUUGGCAAGAAUGGAUAAGAAGGCUAUCUAUUCAGCUUCUAAAGGAAUCACCUUCAGCUUGUCUACGAUCCUGUUCGAGUUUAGUCAGCGUUUAUUAUCCGUUGGCGAGAGAAUUGUUUAAUGCUUCAUUCUCAAGUUGCUGGGUUGAGCUUCAAACGUCAUACCAAGAGGAUUUGAUUCAAGCAUUAUGCAAGGCUUUAUCAUCCUCUGAAAACCCACCCGAGAUUUAUCAAAUGUUGUUAAAUUUAGUGGAAUUUAUGGAGCACGAUGACAAACCAUUGCCUAUCCCAAUCCAUACAUUAGGUAAGUAUGCCCAAAAAUGUCAUGCUUUUGCGAAGGCACUACAUUACAAAGAGGUAGAAUUCUUAGAAGAGCCGAAAAAUUCAACAAUCGAGGCAUUGAUUAGCAUUAAUAAUCAACUUCACCAAACUGAUUCUGCUAUUGGUAUUUUGAAGCAUGCGCAACAACACAAUGAAUUGCAGCUGAAGGAAACUUGGUAUGAAAAACUUCAACGUUGGGAGGAUGCUCUUGCAGCAUAUAAUGAGAAGGAGGCAGCAGGAGAAGAUUCGGUUGAAGUGAUGAUGGGAAAAUUAAGAUCGUUAUAUGCCCUUGGAGAGUGGGAAGAGCUUUCUAAAUUGGCAUCUGAAAAGUGGGGCACGGCAAAACCCGAAGUGAAGAAGGCAAUGGCGCCUUUGGCUGCCGGCGCUGCCUGGGGUUUGGAGCAAUGGGAUGAAAUAGCCCAGUAUACUAGCGUCAUGAAAUCGCAGUCUCCAGAUAAAGAAUUCUAUGAUGCAAUUUUAUGUUUGCAUAGGAAUAAUUUUAAGAAGGCGGAAGUUCACAUCUUUAAUGCAAGGGAUCUUCUAGUUACUGAAUUGUCAGCUCUUGUUAAUGAAAGCUACAAUAGAGCAUAUAAUGUUGUUGUUAGAGCGCAGAUUAUAGCAGAGUUGGAGGAAAUCAUCAAAUAUAAGAAGUUGCCACAAAAUUCAGAUAAACGUCUAACUAUGAGAGAAACUUGGAAUACCAGAUUACUGGGCUGUCAAAAAAAUAUUGAUGUGUGGCAAAGAAUUCUGCGUGUCAGAUCAUUGGUGAUAAAGCCAAAGGAGGAUGCUCAAGUGAGGAUUAAGUUUGCCAACUUAUGCAGAAAAUCGGGUAGGAUGGCGCUAGCUAAAAAAGUCUUAAAUACAUUGCUUGAAGAAACAGAUGACCCAGAUCAUCCUAAUACUGCUAAGGCAUCCCCUCCAGUUGUUUAUGCACAACUGAAGUACUUGUGGGCUACGGGGUUGCAAGAUGAGGCUUUGAAGCAAUUAAUUAAUUUCACAUCUAGAAUGGCUCAUGAUUUAGGUUUGGAUCCAAAUAAUAUGAUAGCUCAAAGCGUUCCUCAACAAAGCAAAAGAGUCCCUCGUCACGUUGAAGAUUAUACUAAGCUUUUAGCUCGUUGUUUCUUGAAGCAAGGAGAAUGGAGAGUUUGCUUACAGCCUAAAUGGAGAUUGAGCAAUCCAGAUUCGAUCCUAGGCUCCUAUUUGCUCGCUACACAUUUUGACAACACAUGGUACAAAGCGUGGCAUAACUGGGCACUGGCCAAUUUUGAAGUCAUUUCUAUGCUAACAUCUGUCUCUAAAAAGAAACAGGAAGGAAGUGAUGCUUCCUCGGUAACUGAUAUUAAUGAGUUUGAUAAUGGCAUGAUCGGCGUCAAUACAUUUGAUGCUAAGGAAGUUCAUUACUCUUCUAAUUUAAUACACAGGCACGUAAUUCCAGCAAUUAAGGGUUUUUUUCAUUCCAUUUCUUUAUCAGAAUCAAGCUCUCUUCAAGAUGCAUUAAGGUUAUUAACUUUAUGGUUUACUUUUGGUGGUAUUCCAGAAGCAACCCAAGCUAUGCACGAGGGUUUCAACCUAAUCCAAAUAGGCACAUGGUUAGAAGUGUUGCCACAGUUAAUUUCUAGAAUUCAUCAACCCAAUCAAAUUGUUAGUAGGUCAUUACUCUCCCUAUUAUCUGAUCUAGGUAAGGCUCAUCCGCAGGCAUUAGUGUACCCCUUAAUGGUUGCGAUUAAAUCCGAAUCUCUCUCACGACAGAAAGCAGCUUUGUCCAUCAUAGAAAAGAUGAGAAUACAUAGUCCAGUUUUGGUCGACCAGGCUGAACUUGUCAGCCACGAAUUGAUACGUAUGGCGGUGCUUUGGCAUGAGCAAUGGUAUGAGGGUCUGGAUGACGCCAGUAGGCAGUUUUUUGGAGAACAUAAUACCGAAAAAAUGUUUGCUGCUUUAGAGCCUCUGUACGAAAUGCUGAAGAGAGGACCGGAAACUUUGAGGGAAAUAUCGUUCCAAAAUUCUUUUGGUAGGGACUUGAAUGACGCUUACGAAUGGCUGAUGAAUUACAAAAAAUCUAAAGAUGUUAGUAAUUUAAACCAAGCGUGGGACAUUUACUAUAAUGUUUUCAGGAAAAUUGGUAAACAGUUGCCACAAUUACAAACUCUUGAACUACAACAUGUGUCGCCAAAACUACUAUCUGCGCAUGAUUUGGAAUUGGCUGUCCCCGGGACCCGUGCAAGUGGUGGAAAACCAAUUGUUAAAAUAUCUAAAUUCGAGCCAGUAUUUUCAGUAAUCUCAUCCAAACAAAGACCGAGAAAGUUUUGUAUCAAGGGUAGUGAUGGUAAAGAUUAUAAGUAUGUGUUGAAAGGACAUGAAGACAUUAGACAGGAUAGCUUGGUCAUGCAAUUAUUCGGACUAGUUAACACGCUUUUGCAAAAUGACGCUGAGUGCUUUAGAAGGCAUCUAGAUAUCCAGCAAUAUCCAGCAAUCCCAUUAUCUCCGAAGUCUGGGUUACUGGGUUGGGUACCGAAUAGUGACACGUUCCAUGUAUUAAUUAGGGAGCAUAGAGAAGCCAAAAAAAUUCCUUUAAACAUUGAGCAUUGGGUCAUGUUACAAAUGGCACCUGAUUAUGACAAUUUAACGUUGUUGCAGAAAGUAGAAGUCUUCACUUACGCCCUAAAUAAUACGGAGGGACAAGAUCUUUAUAAGGUGUUAUGGCUGAAGAGUAGGUCAUCGGAAACGUGGUUGGAGCGUAGAACUACUUACACUCGAUCGCUAGCCGUGAUGUCCAUGACCGGUUAUAUAUUGGGGUUAGGUGACCGCCACCCUAGUAAUUUGAUGUUGGAUAGAAUCACUGGGAAAGUCAUUCAUAUUGAUUUUGGUGAUUGUUUCGAGGCUGCUAUAUUAAGAGAAAAAUUCCCCGAAAAAGUACCUUUUAGAUUAACUAGAAUGUUAACAUAUGCAAUGGAAGUGAGUGGAAUUGAAGGUAGCUUCCGUAUUACUUGUGAGAAUGUUAUGAAGGUACUUAGAGAUAACAAGGGUUCAUUAAUGGCAAUCCUUGAAGCUUUUGCUUUCGAUCCUUUGAUCAAUUGGGGUUUUGACUUACCAACAAAGAAAAUUGAGGAAGAAACGGGCAUUCAACUUCCCGUGAUGAAUGCCAAUGAGCUAUUGAGUAAUGGGGCUAUUACCGAAGAAGAAGUUCAAAGGGUGGAAAACGAGCACAAGAAUGCCAUUCGAAAUGCAAGGGCCAUGUUGGUAUUGAAGCGCAUUACUGACAAAUUAACGGGGAACGAUAUAAGAAGGUUUAAUGACUUGGACGUUCCAGAACAAGUGGAUAAACUAAUCCAACAAGCCACAUCAGUGGAAAACCUAUGCCAACAUUAUAUCGGUUGGUGUCCAUUCUGGUAG